AUGGCCAAUGCAAAGAAAGCGCCCUACCCGCUCGCCCUCUGUGUGACCGCUGACGACUUCGCGGCCGCUGCCAAAGAGGUCCUCCCGGAAAAAGCAUGGGUCUAUGUAUCUAGCAGUGCUGCCUCGGGCCUGUCGCUCAAGGCCAAUCUGGACGAUUGGUCACGCAUCAACUUCCGCCCACGCAUCAUGAGAAGCGUCAGCGCCAUCGACACCCGCCGCGCCAUACUGGGGCAGCCAGGCCAGUUCCCCUUCUUUGUGUCGGCCAUGGGCACCCUGGGAAAUGCCCACCCAGGCGCAGAGCCUCUGCUGGCCCGAGGGUCGACGCGCAAGGGCUUGCAUAUGGUGGUGAGCACCGCCACAAGCAAGCCGCUGGAGGAGAUCAUGGACGCCCACCGAGAUGAGCAGCGCCUGCUGGGUAACCAAAGCCCGUCCAGACUGGCCUUCCAGUUGUACAUGCCCGUCGAUCGGUCCAAGGCCAAGUCCCUCAUUCAACGCGUGAAGGCCGCCGGAUAUCACAGCCUGUGGAUCACCGUGGAUACGUCGAUCCUGGGCAAACGCACCGCCGACCGCUACCUCCAGGCCCAGGAGCUGUUGGAGCAAGGCGCGCGCGAGAGGGAGCUUGCCGCCGAAAACGAAUUCGGCCCGGCCUUUGGCGGGCGACCAGUGCCGGGAUAUCUGGACCCCGGGCUCAGCUGGGAGGAUCUGGCCUGGAUCAAGCAGGAAUGGAGCGGACCCAUUGUCUUAAAGGGCCUCCAGACGGUCGAGGAUGUAAAAAUUGCCGUGGAGCACGGCGUCCAAGGCGUCUUGCUGAGCAAUCAUGGCGGACGACAGAUCCACUCGGCUCCAAGUGCCCUGAUGACCCUCUUGGAGAUCCGCAAUUACUACCCGGAAGCCCUGGAGAAGCUCGAGAUCUAUGUGGACGGUGGACUCCGAGACGGAGCGGAUGCCCUCAAGGCCCUGUGCCUGGGGGCCACAGCUGUCGGGGUCGGAAGACCAUACUUCUAUGCGAUGGCUGCAUACGGCAUGGAGGGCAUUGAAAAAUGCACCGACGUGCUUGCCGAAGAGGUGGAGAUCACCAUGAAGAUGCUGGGCGUCUCUUCGCUCGACCAACUCAAACCAGAGAUGGUCAAUGCGACCCGGCUGUUGAAUGAGAUGUGGCGACCUGAAACUGUACGAGCAAGGCUGUAA